AACUCACCCCAUGGCGGCCUCCGGAUCCUGCACCCCGCCCGGAUCCCUCGAUCCCUCUCUCCCCGGCUUCCCGAAGGCCAUCCUGCGGGCCGAGGUGCAAGGGAAGUACCUGUGCUCCGAGUGCGAGGAUCUGCUGCGGCGGCCCUUCCAGGCCCAGUGCGGCCACCGCUACUGCGCUUACUGCCUGAAGAAGCUGGUGGGCUCGGGGCCGCUGCCCUGCGCCGCCUGCCUCCGGGAAGGGCUGUACGAAGAGGGCGUCUCCGUCCUGGACAGCGGCACGGCUUUCCCCGACAACGCCGCCCGGCGCGAGGUGGAAAGUCUCCCGGCCGCCUGCGUCCGCAAGGACUGUCCCUGGAAAGGUACCGUCAAGGAGUAUGAGGCUCACGAGGAGACCUGCCCCAAGUUCCCCCUCACCUGCGACGGCUGCGGGAAGACGGACGUCCCGCGGGAAUCGUUCGCCGACCACGUCCGGAGCUGCGGAAGGUUCCGGGUGCCGUGCCGCUUCCGGCCCGUCGGCUGCGGCGAGGUGCUGGAGAAGGAAGCCCUGCCCCUCCACGAGGCCCAGAACUUUCCGGAACAUCUCGGCCUACUCCUGAACUUUGCCCUCCGGCUGGCUGGGGCCCCCAACUCAGACCCCCAUUUCUUUGGGGCCCCCAAUUCGGAAAAAGACCCCACUUUAUUCGGGGCCCCCGAUCUGGUCCAAGACCCCCAACUGGUCCCAGAGCCCCAUUUCUUCGGGGCCCCACAUUCGGCCAAAGACCCCCGUUUGCUCCAAGACCCCCAUUUAUUGGGGGCCCCCGAUUUGGUCCAAGACCCCCAUUUAUUGGGGGCCCCGAAUCCGGUCAAGGAACCCCAUCAGAUUGGGGCCCCCAAUUUAGCCCCAGACCCCCAUCUGGUCGGGGCCCCCAAUUCGGCUAAAGACCCCCAUUUGGUGAAGGAGCCCCAUUUAUUGGGGGCCCCACAUUCAGCCAAAGACCCCCAUCUGGUCGGGGCCCCCAAUUCGGCUAAAGACCCCCAUUUGGUGAAAGAGCCCCAUUUAUUGGGGGCCCCACAUUCGGCCCCAGACCCCCAUCCAAUCAGGGGCCCCGAUUCAGCCCCAGACCCCCAUUUUCUCGGGGCCCCACAUUCGGCCCCAGACCCCCAUCCAAUCAGGGCCCCCAAUCCGCCCCCAGACCCCCAUUUCCUCGGGCCCCCGGGCCCCCAGCCCUGGGCGGCCCUCGAACUCAAGACCGCCACCCUAGAGAAGAUCGUCUGCGUCCUGAACCGGGAAGUGGAGCGGCUGGCGGCCGAAUCGGCGCAGGAGCGGCGCCGGGAGGAGGAGCGCGCCGAAGCGCUGACCCACAAGAUCCGGACCCUGGAGAGAACUGUAGCGCUGAAGGAGGCGGCGCUGGCGGAAGUGGAGUCGGCGCUUCGGCGCGCGGAAAACGCGACGUACGACGGCGUCUUGAUCUGGAAGGUGGAGGAAGUGGGGCGGAAGAGGCAGGAAGCGGUGGCCGGAAGGGCGCCGGCCGUCUUCUCGCCGGCCUUCUACACCGGCCGCUACGGCUACAAGAUGUGCCUCCGCCUCUACCUCAACGGCGACGGAUCCGGGCGCAACACCCACCUCUCCCUCUUCUUCGUCCUCAUGAAGGGGCCCAACGACGCCCUCCUGAAGUGGCCCUUCAACCAGAAGGUCACCCUGAUGCUGCUGGACCAGGACCACCGGGAGCACGUGAUCGACGCCUUCCGUCCGGACGUGACCUCCUCCUCUUUCCAGCGCCCAAUCGGCGAGUUGAACGUGGCCAGCGGCUGCCCCCUCUUCUGCCCCCUUUCCAAGAUGGCCGCCCGGGACUCCUACGUCCGCGACGACACCCUCUUCAUCAAGGCCAUCGUCGACCUCACCGGACUCUGAAUCGGCGCGUCUACACCAGGGGCGGCUACUCCGCUUCCGAUCCCGGUUCCCGGCGAAGCCCCAAAGUGGAGUCAGCCUGGAGCCCCAAACUGGACUCUGUCUGGUUGGCUGCGUUUCCCCUGUCCG